AUGCUCAGGUUUGCUCGGGUCUGUUUGCGCACCAGGUGGCGUCGCAGCUGUCAGAACCCAAUCAUACUGAUUCUCUUCUAAUUCUAUUUACUUCUCAUGCCACUAUUCCACUCCUACUUUGGACUCCUUCUUUAGCCUAUUACCCUCUACGCCGGAUCCCAGCACCUGAUCGAGACUCGGUUGACACGUUGGCUUGGGUUGAAGUCGUGCGCCUCGCGGGCACUCGUCUCUCUUCCUUCUUGA